GAGACUGAGAUCUUUUCUCUUCUUCAAGGAUGACACCUAUCUUCCUUUUUUCUCUCCUCUCAGCCAUUUUCACAGUAGGGCAAUCCAUUGUGAAGCCAGGCUCUAUUUUAACACCUACCACUAACUCUUCAUGGCCAUCACCUUCUGGUCUAUAUGCCUUUGGAUUCUACAAGCAAGGCAGUGGCUUUGCUGUAGGAGUUUUUCUUGCUAGGAUUUCUCAAAAGACUGUAGUUUGGACAGCCAAUCGAGACAAUCCUCCAGUUUCUGCUGAAGCCACAUUGAGUUUCACAAGUGAUGGACGAUUGGUUCUGCAAUCAGCACAAGGAGCAGAGACAAGCGUGGCAAAUUUUAGUUCUGCAAGUUCAGCUUCCAUGCUUGAUACAGGCAACUUUGUUGUCUAUAAUUCAACCAACAAUACAAUAUGGGAGAGUUUCCAAAAUCCAACAGACACUCUUUUACCAACUCAGCGUCUCUUUUAUGAUGAUGUGUUGGAUUCUAGUGUGUCAGAGUCUAACCAAUCAACGGGUAGAUUUCGUGCCAUUAUGCAACAAGAUGGAUAUCUAGCGCUUUACCCACUUGGAACCCCAUACUCUAUUGAAUAUGGUUAUUGGUCAAUGGGUAUAAAUGCACCACCACUUAAUGCCACUCUAAACCUUGAUGAUGAUGGUCAUCUUUACUUGGCCAAUGGCAGUGGCAUAGUGACUAUAUCUGAAGCAGGAAACUCUACCAAAGGUUCAAUUUACCGUUUGAGAAUGGAUGAUGAUGGAUUCUUGCGGCUAUACUCAUACGAUCUGGAUCAGAAUGGUAAUUGGUCAAUUAUAUGGUCACCUGCCAUUGACAAGUGUGAACCGAAGGGUUUAUGUGGCCUCAAUGCAUUCUGUGAAGAUGAUGGUAAAGAUUUUCAUUGCACAUGUCUUCCUGGAUUUGCAUUUAUUGAUGAGAGCAAAAGGUCUUUGGGCUGUGAAAGGAAUUUCACCACGGAACGUUGCAAAGAAGGCAUAAAUACCAUGAAAGAAGUGCCUAAUACCAUGUGGGAAAAUGUUAGUUAUUCUCUUCCACUAUUAUUACCAACCAAAGAGGAGUGCAAAAAUGCAUGUUUGCAGGACUGUAACUGCGAAGCUGCGCUCUUCAAAGACGGGGCAUGCAGCAAACAAAGGCCUCCUUUGAGAUUUGGGAGAAGACAACAAACUGACUCAAACAUAGCCCUCAUUAAGUUGCCUACAUCUACACCCUCUACGGAUAAAAUUGUGCCAAAAGAAAGGAAGAAAGAAGUACGUGUGGACAUCCUAAUUAUUAGUAUUUCAUUAGUUGGUUUUGCAUUCAUUGUGUUGGCCAUUUCUGGAAUUGCCAUUUACAGAUCCCGUCUUUGUGGUAAACCAAAAGUUGCCUCUUGAUAUUUCAUAACAGUUUGUGUCUUUUGUUUUUCCAUAAUUGUUUGUGUAUAUUGUCAUUCCAUAACAUUUGUGUCUUUUAGUCUUCCACAUUCUAGAAUUUUCUGUUAUGAAACAAAGCGUCAUGACAAUAAUGACAACUCUUGUAACUUCACCCUAUAAAAGGGGAUGGAUGUAUGAUGUGAAAGUGUGUGAGAGAAUAAGUUGUAGUGAGCUUCAUGCAGUAACCUAAUCUAUUUGUUUGUAAGUUUGAAGUACUCUAAUAAAAUUUUCAUUCCUCUC